GCCAGUGCACCCUGCCAAUUUUCACCCCACCAAGCUCCCUACCUUAUCAAUCUAAAUCACAAUAUCUAUCUAUCUAUACACGCAAAGUUCAUAUUCCUAAAGAUCAGUAGUAUAAGUUUUCUUUUUUCUUUUUUAAUUUCCAUCUCUACAAUCAGUCUUGUUCAGCCCUAGCUCCCUCACAAUGCCAAAGAGCCUAGAACGUACGCGCAAAGCUAUCGCGAAGAAAAAGGGUGCUGUCGAAUCUCUGCACCAGUAUUCUCGUGAUUCCAAAAGGCUUCAUCGGGCACAAGUGAGAGAUGAGAAAUUAGAGAAAAUUGCUGCAGCGAGGAGAAAGAAGGAUCAGCCGUACAUCGAGCGGGUCACAUUCUUUCAGGAAGCACUGAAGCAAAACGAUGGCCAACCACUUGGUGUUGAUGUUAUACAUGAACUCAUUAAAACGUAUAUUCAUCAGUACGAUGAGGAACUCGAUGAAGUAAAGAAGGCCCGUCGGCCAGGGCAACCCGCCAAGGCCAGAGAAGAUCUUCUAAAGGUCAAGAUUGCUCAUCUACAGAAAGAGUAUCAAAAUGGGUUUCUCUUGCCGGUUCUCGAUACACAAGAGAACGCCACCCUCGUGCAGAAAUGGGAGGGUUCCUGGUCGUACCUGACGAUAUUCAAAUGGGCGAGGAUACAAUCUGAUGGUACGACCAAACCCGCCAGUUUUCCGCCCAAAGGCGACCAUUAAGCCAUCGGACGAUUGUAAAUGUUUUGUUACCCCGCAGUUUAACAUUGAAGGUCCUCGCUGUACAGCUGGAUCUGUGCCAAGUUCGGCUAAUCUUGCUAUUUGUUGUCCAUCUGCAAGCACGCCGCCCACCGGUGCAGGCAGCCGCCUUUGCAGGGCUUGCCCGGUCUUCGAUUGCUCAGACCCGCAAUCGCAAACUUCCGGGAUCCGUCGCGGCGUA